UAAUAAUUCAAACUUUUCCAUAUGUUUCUGUUUGUCCCCUGCAGGAACCAUGUCUGCCGUCUACCUCGUCCUSCUGCUGCUGCCUCUGGUCUCAGCUCAGACGUUUCACUGGGGUCCCUGUCCCAGUCCGGCAGUGCAGCCCGGCUUCGACGUCCAAAAGUACCUGGGACGGUGGUACGAGAUAGCSAGGCUUCCCAAUUCCUUUGAAAAGGGGAAAUGCAUGGAGGCGAAUUACGCCUUGAGGAAAGAUGGAACCAUCCGRGUCCUGAACUCUCAGCUGUAUAAAGAUAAAGUGAGUACAGCAGAAGGGACAGCUGUGGUUCSUGAUACCAGGGAAAUGGCCAAACUCGGAGUCAGCUUCUCAUACUUCACUCCCUACAGCCCGUACUGGGUCCUCACCACCGACUACACCAGCCUGGCGGUGGUGUACUCCUGCACGGACAUCCUCCGCCUGUUCCGAGUCGAGUACGCCUGGAUCYUGUCACGGUCACGCUUCCUGCCGCCGCUGACGGUUCGCUACGCCAAAGAGCUGCUGGUCAGAGAAGGAAUCGACAUCUCCAGGAUGAAGGCCACCGAUCAGAACUGCAAAGACAACUAGGAGGCCGCUUCUCGGUCAUGUCUUACUAUUUCUGCUUAGAAAGUUUGUUUUUAUUAAUGCGAAGAAAUAUUUUAAGAUUUCUGUGUUUAAUUGUAGUYAUACCUGUUAUUGUGAUAUUUAUAAGCACAACAAAGUUUAUAUAUUUUGAUUCUGCUUUUCUGUUAAAUGGUYGCUGAUUGAAGAUGGAAAUAUUAACUGAAGGGUUGUUGUUUACUAUGUURCAACAUUGUAAGUCACAUUUUCUGUAAUAAAUAGUAAAUAAUAGACAACUGUUUUGUCUAUUCUUACUCUGGAGGUUCUAUAAACUAUACAAACUAAUUCAUUGGGUAUUUCUGCCAUCUUUUUUAAUKAACUGAACCAGUUUUUCUCAUUGGAUAUUGACAAUAUCACUAUGCUCUAUUGUAGAUUUUAUGAAUUGUUUUCCUCUUUCAUGUACCUGUUUGUAAGCUUACCUGUGAAAUGUAGCUAAAAUCUUUCACUUAGGUUGUUUCUCCAUACAUUUAUCRUUGUAUUAAAUUGUUAUUCUGCUCUUGGCAGUUGGUGGUUACCAUAGUAACCAGUAACUGACAGAUCCACUGCCCCCCUUUCUCUGUUGCUGUUGGUAACCGUGGCAUGUAUUGGGGUCAGCUCUGUGUUUUCUUCACAGAUAUAUUUUAACAUGUUUUUGACAAAUUCAAUCAUA